AUGGGAUCCAUCUCCCCCUCAGUCACCCGGUACUCUGAGACCUUUUCGCAACGGGGCCAGAAUGCGAUUGCGCUGGGAGCCAAGCGUAUAACCUGGGACAUUGUCAGCGACAUGUGGCAUCCUGAGACCAACUGCUCCGGAUAUUUGUCGGUGGGCAUGGCAGAGAACACCCUGCUUCAUGACACAUUGCUGGAUUACAUCCACUCCAAUUUCCAGCUCUCCGCCGUGCAUCUCACCUACAACAAUGGAAGCAUGGGAUCGAACGCACUUCGCAAAGCCGUUGCACACUUCUUGAACCGGCAUUUUCAACCGUUCCGCCCAGUCGAGCCUGUCCAUGUUCUCAUGACAAACGGAUGCUCUUCGGCGAUCGAGCACCUGAGCUGGACAUUUCUCAAUCCGGGCGACGCUAUCCUCCUCAGCAAACCAUACUAUAGCACCUUCAUCGCCGAUAUCUCGCUACGGCCGGAGGCAGUGGUGGUUCCCGUGGAGAUGGGCGACGUGGAUCCGUUGAGUCCAGAGGCAGUUGACGAGUACGAGAACGCCGCAAUCGAGUUUGAAGCACGCACAGGGCGACGAGUGCGCGCCGUGAUGCUCUGCAACCCGCACAACCCCCUCGGCCGGUGCUAUCCCCGCGCAACAGUCGACCGGCUGAUGCGAUUCUGUCAGUCGCGUCAGAUGCACCUGAUUAGUGAUGAGAUCUACGCUCUCUCGGUCUGGAACAACCGCGUGGACGACAACAUUUCGUUCACCCCCUUCGAGUCGCUGCUGUCGCGCGACACCACCGGCCUGAUCGACCCUGAUCUCGUGCACGUCCUUUGGAUAAUGAGCAAGGACUUUGGAGCCAACGGCUUGCGCGUCGGGGCGAUCAUCUCCCAGGCUAAUCCGGAACUCCACGUUGCGCAGAAAUCCUUGUCGCUGUACUCGUUCACAAACCGGGAGCUGCUUUCCCAGUCCCAUGAGUUCCUUGCACACUCGCUCCGAAACCAUCAGAUCGAGUAUACCCACGGGUCGAAUGCGGGCUUCUUCCUGUGGAUCAAUCUGGGCAAGAAGUAUCUGAACACCCAUCCGGAAGUGAGCGCAAAGGACGUAGAAUCAACCGACUUCCUCUUUCAAAAGCUCCUGAACAAUAAGGUAUACGUGGCUCAUGGGCUUGCUUACGGAUCGGAGAAGCCGGGAUGGUUUCGCGUGGUGUUCGCGCAUCCCAUUCCUUGGCUAGAGGAGGCGAUGGCACGCAUAAUCCGUACUAUUCAAUGA